AUGGCGCGUCUCGGCCGCGUCGGGUUCCUGGCCCUCGCGGUGGUAUUCCACCUGAUCUAUACAUAUUCAAUCUUCGACAUCUACUUCGUCAGCCCGAUUGUGAGUGGCAUGCGAUCAUAUGGUGUUGAAAGACCCUCCGAUGUACCCGCGCCAGCAAAACGUCUCGUUCUUUUUGUCGCCGACGGCCUACGAGCCGACAAAGCGUUCCAAGCUUUCCCCGAUCCUUCUCCCGACGCCGAUCCAGAAAACGAUGAUUUAAUUCGCCUUUCACCAUUCAUUCGCUCCAAAGUCCUUUCCGAAGGUACAUUUGGUGUCUCGCACACCCGUGUUCCCACCGAAUCACGACCUGGCCAUGUUGCGCUUAUCGCCGGACUCUACGAGGAUGUGUCCUCGGUCACAACUGGAUGGAAGAUGAAUCCGGUCAACUUCGACAGUGUGUUUAACCAGAGUAGACACACAUGGAGCUGGGGUAGUCCGGAUAUUUUGCCCAUGUUCAAGGAGGGUGCAGUGCCUGGCAGGGUUGAUGCGGAGAUGUACAGUGAGGAAGCAGAGGAUUUCACUGUCGAUGCUACUCACCUGGACACCUGGGUCUUCGACAAAGUCCAUGGACUCUUUGAGUCGGCAAAGACGGACCCCGAAUUGGACCGGAAGCUGCGGGGUGACAAGUUGGUGUUCUUCCUUCAUCUGCUGGGCUUAGACACCACUGGCCAUUCUUUCCGUCCUUAUUCGAAGGAAUAUCUGCACAAUAUCAAAAUUGUGGAUUCUGGAGUCAAGUCCGUCACAAAGCUCGUGGAGGAUUUCUAUGGCGAUGGCAAGACAGCAUUUGUGUUUACUGCGGAUCAUGGCAUGAGUGACACUGGCAGCCACGGUGACGGUCACCCCGAUAAUACCCGCACACCGUUAGUUGUCUGGGGCUCUGGUGUCGCAAAGCCCCAACUCUCCAUCGAUGAAGUUGCCCCGGGCCAUGAAGAUGGCUUUUCGUCCGAUUGGGGAUUCGAUCAGGUUCGACGCCACGAUGUAGCACAGGCCGAUGUGGCCGCACUCAUGGCUUAUCUGGUUGGUCUUGAUUUCCCCGUUAACUCGGUUGGCCAACUGCCCCUUGACUAUCUCAAUGCUAGUCCAAAGGAGAAGGCACUGGCUUCGUUGGCCAACACGCGGGGCGUUUUGGAAAUGUAUCAUGUGAAAGAGGAGCAAAAAAGAAACGCCGUGAUCCGAUAUGUGCCUUAUGAUCCUCUGUCCGGGUACCAUGAGACCUCAGUUGAAGGCCGUCUGGCGAAAAUUGGGGAACUCAUCGCCAGUGGUGAUCAUGAGGAGGCCAUUCUGGUAUCCUCUGAGCUUCUACGGACUGCCCUUGAAGGAUUGCGCUACUUGCAGACCUACGAUUGGGUUUUCCUGCGGACCAUCGUUUCGGUUGGAUACUUGGGUUGGAUUGCGUAUGCCCUGACCACGGUGAUCGACCUGCAUGUUUUGCAUGGAACAUCAGACUCUCACCGGACGACGGCAAGCAUUACAUUUUUCUCGUCUAUUCUGGUUGCUCUCUUCUCCAUAUUCCUUUACCAAAGCUCCUCCUGGCGCUACUAUAUCUACGCAUUCUUCCCAGUAUACUUUUGGGAAGAGGUAUUCGCUCGCCGCAGGGCUUUGAUUGCCGGCCGUGAGAUUGUAUUGGGCCAUGUGCGAUCUUUUACUGGAUACCUCAAGUUUGGUCUCCAGUUGCUGGCAUUCCUCGGUGUGAUGGAAGCCCUAGUCCAGUCCUAUUUCCAUCGGGAGAUCUUCACCGUUUGCUUUGCUCUGGGGGCAUUGUGGCCUGUGGUUCACGGAUUUACUUUCAUCCGAAGCCAUGCUCUACUCUUUGCUACCUGGGCACUUGGUUGUGGAUUAAUGAGUAUCUUUACUCUUCUUCCAGUAAUCAAGGUUGAAAACAUUGACACAAUCACCUAUGGUGGACUGGUCAUGUUCCUGACUGGCAUCUUAUACCUCUUAUUUGAAGAUAACAUCAUUGGACACGGUAAACCUAACGCUAUUGGACGUGUCGGGUCGCGCGUGAUCAUGGGUGUUCAGAUUGGCAUGGUUCUUCUUGCCUUGAUUGUGACCAGAUCAACUGUGUACUCAUUGCAGGCUCGCCAGGGCGUUCCUUUUGGAAACAUUGUCGUUGGAUGGAUUGUACUGGUGGCCUCUCUUUCCCUGCCAUUCUUCCACCGUCUGUAUCCAAACAGUCACUAUCUACACCGUCUCAUGGUCAUUUUCCUGACCUUCUCACCAACCUUCAUUAUUCUCACCAUCUCAUGGGAGGGUCUGUUUUACUUUGUGUUCUGCAUGACCAUUGUAACAUGGGUUCGUUUGGAACACGCAAUCUACGUUCACUCAAAGACCAGUACUACCGUGCAACAAGCCGGUCAUGGCCACGUCACAAAGCCUUGGACUGGCACUGCGAUCGUUGAUGGCGAAACCUUCCAUUACCGUGCUCUUACGCUCUCCGAUGUCCGUGUGGCACUCUUCUUUUUUUAUCUCCUGCAGGCAGCCUUUUUCAGCACCGGAAAUAUGGCCUCCAUCUCGACCUUCUCUCUCGAUAGUGUCCGUCGUCUUGUCCCCGUCUUCAACCCCUUCAGCCAAGGCGCUCUCUUGAUCCUUCAGAUCCUCAUUCCUUUCGCCAUUAUCAGUGCCAACUUGGGCAUCCUCAACCGCCGACUGGAAGUUCCACCCAGCGCGCUCUUCAUGGUCGUCAUGGCUAUCUCCGACAUCAUGACCCUCAACUUCUUCUUCAUGGUCCGAGAUGAGGGCUCCUGGCUCGAUAUUGGUAUGACAAUCAGCCACUUCUGCAUUGCCAGUGCCUUGUGCACCUUCGUGGCAGGUCUAGAAUUCCUCAGCGAACAAUUUGUCAGCGGCGUGGACGUCAAUACUAAAAUAACAGCUGUUGAAUCGGCUGUGGUCCAGGCCGUGGAUGAACUGACCGAGUGUGGCCACGAGGGAGAUCGCAAAGAGCCAGAGCCCAAGAAAGCCCAGUCUAAUGGAAAUGGGGCUAAGCAGGGCAGAUCCAAGUCCAAGGGCAAGUCCAAGGGCAAAAAGACCGGGUUCUCAUAG